GUGCUUUGUGUGAACGUGUGAGCCGAGAACCUGAUCUAACUUGGAGUAAAGAAGUUCAACAGCAGCUCCUGGCUUCUGCUUGUGGACUCCUGUUUUUUCUCCCCCCUUUCCCUUCCCAGAAGCUGCGCAGCGAAAAGCGGCUCUCAGCAGCGAUCAGCCCUCACUCUCCCUCCCUCUCCGUCGCCCUCCCUCCUUGCCAGGACUCUGAAUCGUCUGGAUCCCGAAAGCCGCGCUCCUUAUUUGAUCUCUCCGUGGGAAAAUGGAUUCCAGGGCACUGUCAGAGAUGCGUUUCUGGAAAAAGAUCUUCACUGCAGCCUUGUGCGUCUUAGUUUUGCUGCCAGAUUUGGGCUGUGCAAGGACUCUCUGGAAGCGUGCUCUGCAUCUGAAGAUGACUGAGAAAUACGAUGAUUAUGAGUACCCUCUUCAUUCUCACAGUUCCCACUACCAGAAGAACGACCGCUGUCCACCGCCGCCCCAGACUUUGCCUGACCGAGCCUGCGAGGUGCCCAGCUGCCGGUCGGAUUCAGAGUGUGAAAGGCACAAGCGCUGCUGCUACAACGGCUGCAUCUACGCCUGCCUGGAGUCUGUACAGCCACCGCCAGUUUUAGACUGGUUGGUUCAGCCCAAACCCCGCUGGCUGGGGGGAAAUGGGUGGCUUUUGGAUGGCCCAGAGGAAGUCUUACAAGCUGAGGCCUGCAGUACCACUGAGGAUGGAGAUGAACCCCUUCAUUGCCCCACAGGUUAUGAAUGCCAUAUCAUUGACCCAGGUAACAUGGCUGAAGGAAUCCCUAACAGGGGCCAGUGCAUCAAGCUCCGUGGAAAUCCAGAUGGACGCAACCUGAGGCAUAAGUAUUACAAGGAAUAUUUUGGGAGCAAUUCCAACAAUGUGGUCGGCUACGUGAAAAACCAGCAGAAGCAUUUAGGCUAAAGGAAGGCGUGCCUGGCUGGACCACUCUGUUAAGUAACUGUCAAGGAACGCUUUACCCAACAGUUUUCUGUUUUGGAAGAACUCUGGUCCCAAAUCUCCGUGAACACGUCUCCAGCGUUACCCUGAUCCCUGCCCAUCCGUGAUAAAAGGACUUUGCUAUUCAAGGAACAGGACAACUUCAGAUUUUAAGCCUAUCAGGAGGGGGAGAAAUGUGAUCCC